AGCAGUGGACGCACAGCGCGCGUGCAACAACACGAGACAGAAAGCUCAUGUGCUCCGUCUUAAACCUCGUUUUAACUCUUCACUGCAGCCUCCCUCCCUCCCUCGCUCCCUCCCUCCCUCCCGUGUGGUUUUACGCGUUUGAUCCCAGAGGGACCUCGCGUUUUACAUUCCUGGCAUUCCGGCCCGAGUCCCUCCUCGGUUACUUAUUAUCGCCUCCUGCUCCCUUUCUCUCCACAGUCAUUUCCCCGCGAGAGAGAGGAGCGCGCAGCCCGUCCGCGAGGACACACUACGGAGACACGUUGGACUCGCGAGGAAAGAGAGAGAGAGAGAGGGGGGGGGGCACAAAACAACUCAUGGAAAUAGAGGGAUUAUUCUGACUUUUUUUGUUUUCCAUUCACGUUGAUACCGGGGACGUUUCGUUACGAUGAGAACGUGAGCUGAUAACAAAAAAAUUCAAAAAAUAAGAAAGAGUUGGACUGUUCCGUAGAGAAGAUACCAACGUACACAAAGCAUGAUGUCGUCAACUGAGGAGCCGUCUGGCACGGUCCUGCACCGGCUCAUCCAGGAGCAGCUUCGCUACGGAAACCCCACGGACACCCGCACCUUAUUAGCCAUCCAGCAGCAGGCCCUGCGUGGAGGCAGUGGAAGUGGACCCAGCAGCGGAGGCGACCUGGGCAGGAGCCCACAGUCCUCUUUGGAGAGCCUCACCCAGGAGGACCCUCCGUUCCCUCAGCUCUCUGCCAGGCAGGAGCCCCAGGGCCAGGAGCACCAGGGCGACUACCAGCAUUCGGAAAGCGGCUACCAGCUCUACCAGCUGCACGGGGAGGAGCUGCCCACGUAUGAGCAGGCCAAGGUGCACUCUCAGUAUCUGGCCUCCCAAUGGGCCCCAGUAAGCCCCACAAGGCAGCUCCACGAUGGGCCCCUGCACGAGGGGGCCUUCCACGAGGAGGCAGAUCUGAUGGAGCUGAAGUGCAGUCACGUGCGGUCACUCAGUGAGCAUUGCAUGCAGAUAUCUCUGGAGAGGAACGAUCUCGCUGCUAAAGCAGAGGCCAUCAAGAGCACCUCUCACAGCUACCCAGAGCUCGCUUACUACGCGCCGCAAGGCCCCCAGAGCUCGGGCCAGGACAAGCGCACCCCGCCUCCAGAGUACUCGGCCCCCAUCCAGGGCCACGGAUUUAUCCCUCACCAGGUCCAGGAGCCGACGCAGGCACAGCAGCUCAGGUACGUCCAGUCGGGUCAGCCAGCUGAAGUCCCCUGCUACGGCACGUUCAACAGCCUUUCACCCGCCGGCUUGGAGGAGCCCAACCAGGUGGAGCUGCUGCUGAUGGAGAACGAGAGGCUGAGGCAGGAGCUGGAAGCACACCGGGAGAAGACCGGCCGUAUUCAGAAGUUGGAGCAGGAGAUCCAGCGUAUUUCGGAGGCUUAUGAGACACUGAUGCAGGGCAGCUGUAAGAGGGAAAACCUGGAGAAGACACUGAGGGGGAGGCUAGUGGCUGAGAUCAGGAGGCUGCAGGACUUCAACAGAGACCUUAGAGAAAACUUGGAGAAUGCCAGAACGCACGUCGCAAAAGAAGUCGAAGCGGCCGACCAUAACCAGCAUAUCAUGGCAAAACUCCUUGAACAAAACGAAGAGCAGAACUCUGAACGGGAGCGCGUGGAGCGGGAGCUGGAUCGACUUCGAUCCACAGUGGAGGAGCAGAGCCUGAGGUCGAAGCGACUCGAGGAGGCCCUGGACGCCGCUCGCGGACGAGGUCGCCAGCUUGAGGAGGAGCUAAGGAGGAAGAGGGCUUACGUGGAGAAAGUGGAGAGACUUCAGAGUGCAUUGGCUCAGCUGCAGUCCACCUGUGAGAAGAGGGAGACCCUGGAGAUGAAGCUGAGGACACGACUGGAGCAGGAGCUAAGGAGUCUGAGGGCACAACAGAGGCAGUCCCAGCCGCCCGGAGUGACCAUGGGCUCCCUCCAAGAGCGCCUGCGUGAGCGCGAGGAGAGAAUCCUGGCCCUCGAGGCCGACAUGGUGCGCUGGGAGCAGAAGCACCUGGAAGAGCGCACCAUGAGGCAGUUUGCGAUGGAGGCAGCUGCCACAGCCGCCGCACAGAGGGACACCACAAUCAUUAACCACUCGCCUUGCCACUCCUCUAACAACAGCUUCAACGAGGACCUGCCAGCUGCUGACUACAGGAAUCAGGAGAUGGAGAGUAGGAUUCGGGCUCUCUACGCUCAGAUCUUGGAAAAGGACGCCGUGAUUAAGAUCCUCAACCAGCGGCUGCAUCAGGACCAGGGCGGCAAGGACGAGCAAAGUCCCCGCACAAACCUCCUGAAUACAGCGGUGGGCCACCUGCGACCAGCUUCUUCCAACCCCGCCAUCAGCACCGUCAGCGUCAGCGCCAACGCAAGGAGUAGCGGUAAGCGUCUUUCCGAUGAUCAGACCGCUCAGUUCUCCACUCCGUCUGAACCUGGAACUCUGCAGCGGCGGAAGGUGGGAACGAAAGCCGAGGAGGCUGCCAGCACAACUAAGCUCAACAGUGACAAAGCAGUGGCCAAGAAGUUGCCCGUAAACCCCUUCAGAGGCCUGGAUGAGCUGGAGUCCGAGGCAGUGGAAAUCUUCAUUUAAAGAACCUAGAGGUGUAUUUCAAAUGAGGGGAAGAACAGAACAAUUGUGAGAAUCUGUGAAGAGUGCAAGUCUUUGAAUUGAGAGUGGAUUAAAUAUUGGAUGCACGAGUAUUGUGGAAGAGACCAAAGCACGAAAGAAAAUGAAAACAUGUGUUCACAUGUUUAGAGAAAGAGCUGUGCUCCGACUCACUCCCUCUCACCAAGCUGGACAGCUGCAGGCGGUCCGCCCAGCUGGAAGAGGAAAGACAAAUCUUCUGAGGUACUGGACAUUAUUGUGGAUUGUAGUAGGGCAACCAAGAGUGUAUGCCAAAUUAUUUCUAUAAUUUUAGAUGUAGAUGUUUAUAUAUAUAUAUAUAUAUAUAUAUAUAAACAAUUGCUACAUACAAUUGCUGCUCCCCCAUUUUAUUCCCCCCUUCAUCUUGGUCCCCCAACCCAGUGAAUUAAGAAGCUUCAUAUUCAUCCUACCUGGUGUCCACAUUCCCCAAAUAUAAUCUUAAGCGCCAUGCUCUUCAAUAAUUCCCCUCCGCUCCCGAAAAACAUUCAAUCUGAGGAAUCUCAUUCCCAUCAAAUGGAUCUUAUCUGUUCGGAAGACUUAUUUGUUCGAUAAUUUAAGCUUAUAACUCAUGUAACACUGCUGAUUCGAACGCUCUCACUGUCCAAGUCCCCUGAGCCGGAGGAGCUGGCUCUGCUAAGGCUCAGAGGCGUGGGAAUGGUGAGCUGCAUAAUAUAUAAAUGACAAAAGAUGCAGACGCACCGCUGUUUGUCAUUUUUGGAAGGGUGUUGCAUCACGGUGAUGAUUUCAUCAACUGUUUUCCUGAUGACUUUUUCCUUCUUCAUGUAUGUUUGCAUGUGUGAUUACAGUAUGUGAGUGUGUUCCCUGCUGUGGUGGUUCUGCUGGCCCGGUCACCACAGGGGUUACAAGUUGAAAACUACACCGUGUUGUUGUUUGUUUGUGUACUGUGAGCUUUGAACUAACAAAUUUAAUUAUCAUUAUUAUUAUUAUUAUAUUUUAUACAGAUGUUUGUGUUUGUUGUAGAUAUGAUGCGAGUGCUUUGAGCCGACUGCCAAAGAGUUUUAUGUGUGUCUGUUGUAAGUUAUGUGCCCGACAAUCACGGUCAUGUCAAGCUGUACACAUCCAACCGAGUGUUGACUUAAAACGGACAUUUCUGUGAACUUCAAACAAUAUGAAGGUUUCUUACAGUUGAAUUCAUGCAACAUUUCAUAAAGCAAUAAAAUAUUCUAAUAUAAAUGAA